ACAAACAGUUCCAAAGUAACAAGUGCUAACGGUUUCACAGCUUCCCACAAGUCAAUUGGAUCAUCGAAGCAAUCAACCGAAUUACCAGCCAAAAUGUUUAAGUUUGUCCUGCUGAGUGCCGUUUUGGUGGUUGCCGUUUGUGCUGCUCCGGCCGACAAUAAGCCGGGCCAGCAGGGCCGUACCGAUGGGCUAGAUCAGGCGGAAUCGGCCUGGAAUAACCCGAACGCUUGGAAUGCUCAGAAUACCUGGGGCCGAGAUCCUGCCGCCUGGAACCAUCCGAACUCGUGGAACGCUCAUGGAAACACGUGGAACCACCCGAGUGCCUGGAACCGUGGCUACAACAACCGUAAUGACAUGGCCGCAGCACGACCAGGUUCCUAUGCGCAAGGCUACGAUCCCGCCAACCGAUGGGCCGCCGCCGGUACGGAUCCGUGGAACCGCUAUGGCGCUGGGGCUGGUGCUGGCUGGAACAGCUGGGCUGGACGUGGUGCCGCUGCCGGAUGGCCAGCUGCUGCCGGUGCCGCUACCAACCGCUGGAAUGCCUGGUAAAUGGAUUUCCACCCGGAAAAGGGUCGACCGGAAAGGAAGCGAUUCGACACACUGGGCCAGGUUGUGGGAGAGCAGACGUUUAAGUGUAUCAUACUUCUUUGUACUCUCUUGUAUUCAUGUGUAAAAUAAAGUUUUCUAAGUGCACCAUAAA